AUGUCUGGCAGAGGGAAAGGAGGCAAAGGACUGGGCAAAGGCGGAGCCAAGCGGCACCGUAAAGUGCUCCGUGAUAACAUCCAGGGCAUCACCAAACCGGCCAUCCGGCGUCUGGCUCGCCGUGGCGGCGUCAAGCGGAUCUCGGGUCUGAUCUACGAGGAGACCCGCGGGGUGCUGAAGGUUUUCCUGGAGAAUGUGAUCCGGGAUGCGGUCACCUACACUGAACACGCCAAGCGCAAGACGGUCACUGCCAUGGAUGUGGUGUACGCUCUGAAACGCCAGGGCCGCACUCUCUAUGGCUUCGGCGGCUGAAAAACUCCCACUGCCUCCUGAGCACAACACAAAGGCUCUUCUAGAAGCAGAAUGGCCCGCACCAAGCAGACAGCGCGCAAAUCGACUGGCGGAAAAGCUCCUCGCAAACAGUUGGCGACCAAAGCGGCGCGGAAGAGCGCUCCUGCCACCGGCGGAGUGAAGAAGCCUCAUCGCUACCGGCCCGGCACCGUGGCUCUGAGGGAGAUCCGGCGCUACCAGAAAUCCACCGAGCUGCUCAUCCGCAAACUUCCCUUCCAGCGCCUGGUCCGGGAGAUCGCUCAGGACUUCAAAACCGAUCUGCGUUUCCAGAGCUCGGCCGUCAUGGCCCUGCAGGAGGCAAGUGAGGCUUACCUGGUCGGGCUCUUUGAGGACACUAACCUUGCCUUGAUUGUCAUCAUGUCUGGCAGAGGGAAAGGAGGCAAAGGACUGGGCAAAGGCGGAGCCAAGCGGCACCGUAAAGUGCUCCGUGAUAACAUUCAGGGCAUCACCAAACCGGCCAUCCGGCGUCUGGCUCGCCGUGGCGGCGUCAAGCGGAUCUCGGGUCUGAUCUACGAGGAGACCCGCGGGGUUCUGAAGGUUUUCCUGGAGAAUGUGAUCCGGGAUGCGGUCACCUACACUGAACACGCCAAGCGCAAGACGGUCACUGCCAUGGAUGUGGUGUACGCUCUGAAACGCCAGGGCCGCACUCUCUAUGGCUUCGGCGGCUGA